AGAAGCUCCAAAGCUGUAGAAAAAUGGCGGCAACGAGUGACAGAGAAAUGGAAUUGCUGCUCUCGAGCUUCGAUCAGAUUUACCAAGUGCGUAAAGAUCAUUCCCAUCUUCCAUUGUCUGCUCCAAGCGGAGCCCAAUUCGAUGUGCUUGAGCUGCAGUUCGGACUUCAAGAGCGGGAUGGAGGAGAUCCAACUGCUGAAAUCGAACUGUCAGGCCGAAACAAAAAGGCGGGAGGCUCUCGAAAUUGCUUGCGAUAGUGUUAAGCAAGAUAAUGAGAGACUAAAAAAUCUGUACACCAGUUCUAUGAACAAUUUGGCUGAUCAGCUUGAACACCACUUAAAAUGCCAAAGAUUGGAAGAGGAGCUGAAGAGAGUAACUGCUGAACAUCAGGAUAUUGAAAAUGAGCAUAAAAGAACUCUCGAAGGGUUAAAGCAAGAUUAUGCAGCCAAAUUUGGAGAAUUGGAGGCUCAGAUUAGGUCAAUUUCUCACAUUGAUGUCGAGUGUUCUCGAAAUGCAUUAAUGCGUUCUUUAGCUGACGGACAAAUGCCUGUUGACAUAAGAUGCUUUGAAAGCCAAAAACAAUCAGAUGAAGCGACCAUAAAUCAUCUCUGCCAAGAUUUAGCGGCACACAAGAGUCAUAUCCACUCUCUGGCAAGCAGGUUGGAGCAGAGGCACUUUUAUUUCAGUUCAAAAUAUCAGGCUGAGAUUCAGGACUUGAGAGACUGUCUUCUGCUCGAACAGGAAGAGAAGAAUGGGUUGAGUAAGAAACUUCAAGUUUUGGAAAAAGAAUCGUUGAUGAGCAGAACAAAGCUGGCUCAAGAGCAAAAAACCUCAGUUUCGAGCCAGCAGGUUGAGGCACUGAAGCAGAAGAUCAUGAAGUUGAGAAGAGAGAAUGAAAUUCUCAGAAGGAAGCUUCGAAGUUCUCAGGAGGGCUAGCUAGUCCGAUAUCUGAUGCAUCCUGUACUGUGGACAUAUGAUUAGAUGUAUAUGAAAUCUGUUCAAAUGUAUUGUCGGGAGAAGUUAUCGAGUAUUUUCUGCUGAAAUUGUUUGCCCCUUCAUGGUACUUUCUUUAUUUCCCGCUAUGCCUUCUUGGAGAACAGGUGAUCGAGCAUUGUUAAUUUUAAUUUUCUGCCCAAAUUCAUUGGUGACAUAAUAUGUCGUCGCAGUUAAGUUGGAUGGAUCGCAGUUAAUUUUCUACUUUCUUAGAUGCCUCUGCUAUGAUUAGCUGGAACAGAUAAAAUGCUACAUUAGGUACUUUACU